UCAGGUGCUGGUGGACUGAAGGGGUGAGCGAGAGGAGAGAGGGGUGACCGGGCGGGAGGCGGCUGCGGCAAAGGUUACCUGGCCCCUGUCUUGUUCUGUGGUGAUCUUCUGAUUGGGCAAGAACUAUGUCAUGGAUCAAGGAAGGAGAGCUGUCACUUUGGGAGCGGUUUUGUGCCAACAUCAUAAAGACUCUGCGCUGGUGUUUGAACCUGGGCAUCCUAGAGGUGACAGUCUACGCGUUCAGCAUUGAGAACUUCAAACGCUCCAAGAGUGAGGUAGACGGGCUAAUGGACCUGGCCCGGCAGAAGUUCACCCGCUUGAUGGAAGAACAGGAGAAACUUCAGAAGCAUGGAGUGUGUAUCCGAGUCCUGGGCGAUCUGCAUUUAUUGCCCUUGGAUCUCCAGGAGUUGAUUGCACAAGCCAUACAGGCCACUAAGAACUACAACAACGAUAUCUCUGAGUCUCUGCUCGAUAAGUGCCUCUAUACCAACCACUCUCCUCAUCCUGAUAUCUUGAUACGGACAUCUGGAGAAGUGCGACUGAGUGACUUCUUGCUCUGGCAGACGUCCCACUCUUGCCUGGUGUUCCAACCUGUUUUGUGGCCAGAAUACACAUUUUGGAACCUCUUCGAGGCCAUUCUGCAGUUCCAGAUGAACCAUAGUGCACUCCAGAAGGCCCGAGACAUGUAUGCAGAGGAGCGGAAGUGGCAGCAGCUGGAGAGGGACCAGGCGGCAGUGACAGAGCAGCUGCUGCAAGAGGGGCUCCAGGCCAGUGGGGACGCCCAACUCCGACGGACACGCUUGCACAAACUCUCAGCCAGACGGGAAGAGCGAGUCCAAGGCUUCCUGCAGGCCUUGGAACUCAAGAGAGCUGACUGGCUGGCACGUCUGGGCACUGCAUCAGCCUGAGGGAAGCUGGCCACCUGCCACUUUGCCCUGCCCUCUGCUCCAAGGCCCCACUCCCCUUUCUUUUCUUGGUGAAAGGCACCUCCCUCCUGAUAAUGAAUUGUGUUCCCUUUGCUUGUCAGGGGAGUCCCCCCACCCCCAACCAGGUCUGCUGGCCAUGGAUACCUUUGGGUUGCCUGGGACAGUGGCCCCUGGGGAGGAUUGAGGGUGAGAUCUCCCACAAGUACACUAAACCCAGCUCUGGUCAUCAGUUUGGAAAGCAGGGGAUACCAACUCAUCAACUGCCUGUGCUCCUAGAUGCACUUUCUCUUUCCACCAGCACAUCCUUCAACACACAAUUUCAGGGAAGAGGGCUCCCCAAAACCAUAGCCCUUUACCCAUCCAUCUUAGCCUUCCACUCAACUUUCACAAAAGAUUGGGCUCUACCUUGGAUCUGCUGGUAAAUAACUAAUAGGCAGCCAGUUAUUUGGGCAAGGAAGAAACAGGAGGGAGAGACAGAAAGAAAAUUUGCCCAUCUGCUGCUCCUCCCCUUGGCUCUCCACCUGGGAUUUGCUAUUGAAUCUCUACCCCCUCCCACCAUGCAGUACUGAUUGCUCACUGAAAGGCUCGGCGCCCCCAGUGGUUCGUGAAAGCCAGGCGGGUGAUUACAAUCCAAUUACCUAUUGUCGACUCAGCCCACACAAGCUUUUCUCCUCUUGCGGGGCAUAGGACCAGGCUCCAUUCCCAAGUGAGACUGGCCCCCUCCAUGGUACAGGGUAACAGAAGGACCUGUAGGCCCUGGUGACUCUAAUCCAGCACAAGCCUUCCCUGUAACACGUCAGGGUUGAGCAGAACCAAGCACUUCUUCAACUGACUCUGCCUCCUGCCUUCAACCAUCUCCAACUCUGAUUCCCACCUCCAGUCUUCAAGGUUUCUCUCAGCUUUUUGACCUGGCUCCCUCAGUAGGCUCCGAGACGAUUUGUUCUCAGCAUGGCAAAGCUUGUUCCAGGCCCUCUCUGCUUGUGAGGGUCAAGGCUGUGUCCUUUCCCUUACCUCCCUGUCAGGCCUUGCUGCAGAGCUGCUGAGAGGAUUAGUGCCUUUGAAGAGCUGUCUGCCUGAGCAACUCAGCUUCAGGUGCCCCACAGCAGCAAGUACCAGCCUAACACCAACCAGACGCUGCUGCCUUCAGUCUUCCCAUUUUACUUUCCGGAAGCUGUUUCCCCAGCAUCUCCCUCUAGGGGAGGGGUGGAAUCUUGCAAGCAAUGUUAAGAGCCUACUUUUUAGACCCUUAACUUUCCUAUACCCCAGAUCCCCCUCCCUUUUCUGUGCCUGGAUACCUCGUGUUAGAGACCCCUUAGCCAUCAUCCCUGCUUCCAGAAUCAAGUAUAAAUGCCAGACACUGCGAUUGAGAAGCCAAUCAGUGCACCCUUUGGCAAACCCCUCCUGCACACCUGGUGCUCCCCACUACCAAUCCCUGGCACAGGGUUCCUGGAGAGCAGGUGCUGUACAUUUUCCAGCUUUACAAUGGGGCUCUUGACAGCCUUAAUUAGGGAGGCAUGAAUUAUGCGGCUGUAAUGCAGAGCCCUACAAUUAAGGCGGGAAUGAGGGCUGGAGGCAGCAAAUGGAAUCUGCCCUGUGAGUGUGGCUAUUGAAUCCUUUCUCCUUUCUGUGUCUGACUUUCCCUAAUAUGAUUGAGGUGCAGUAGAGGUGAUUAUUGAGGCUGGUAUCUUUGGCCUGAGGUCCUGUAUUCUGGGAAAGGUGCACAGGGUGGAGUAGAGAAGAGCUGCCCCAGGAGGCGCUGUAAGAGUGGAAAGCAGAGGCAGAGAGGCCAUUGUCAUCCAGAAGCAGGGGUUGCAAAAUAUUAGGUUGACUUGAACUCGUUGUGGUUGCUUUGUACCAGUAUAAUUUGUACAAACCAGCUUCAACCCUUCCCUUAACAAACCAGGUGGGAUCCAUGUAAGUGUCUUCCCACCUGUAAGCCAAACCCCCAUUUGAGGGCAUUUAUGCUAUUGUGUUCUCCUGGGUCUCAAAUAGAAUUUUUAAGAUU